AUGUCUGCGCCCUCUGUUCUCGACUACGCUCGCUCUCAUGGCCUGGCUCUUGAUCACACCGCCGAGGACCUGUCCAACUCCUUACCAUGUCCUCCACUGGUAAUGUUUGAAGACGAAGCAGAGCUACCCGAGCCAGAUUUCUCUUUGUUUGCCAAUGAGCUGUUGGAGCCCAAACUUCAAAUCAGCCAGAAGGGAGGUAUACUCCUUGCUGAGAGUAUCCGGGAUCCUCCGGUUGUCAUUGACUGGGACCACUUCCUCCCCGAUCGUCACCGCGUGCGAAAGCUCAAAAUCGAAGAACCUGUGCUCGUGGGAGACCAUCAGGCUGAUUUCCUUCGAUUUCAGAGGGAAACGGCGAGCCACCGGAAUGCCGACCAAUACUUGGAGACAUGUUCACUGAUCAGCUCGACCUCCGACCAAGACCUAGAGAAGGAGUGGGACGACAUCCAAUCUGGCAAUGCCGCCCGAAGAGUUGAAAACGAGCUCGCAGACGAGAGAUGUCACACCACGAAAGAAGCACUGAUACACCUGUCGUGUCUGCUGAAGAACAACCUGACGGACGAAACCAAAGACGAGAUAAUCAAGGGCUUCUUCCCUUCAUGCGAGAAACCACGGGCAAGGUCCGUCACUCCGACGCUUGUGCAGGAGGAACACUCUCCAGAACCGUAUGUUCCAUCGAGCCCUGACCUUGACUUUCCGCUCCGAUCCGACGAGGAUGUCGACUUGGACAACCUUCUUCGCCAGGUUGAGAGAGAAAUGCAAGAGACAGAUCAGAUACUCUCGGAUAGGGCAAGUGAUCCCAGUCCCCAGAAAUUGGCGGCUACUAAGCAUUUGCUACAGGCCGCUCGAACGCGACCCGAUGUGAAGAAUAUCUACGCCGAGACCAUAUUCCUGUCUGACGCUGGAACACGCCAAGCAAGAAAGGGGCCUAACAGCUUUGGGUUCGAUGUCCCGAUUGUUUCAUCUUCCUCUCCCAUUGAGCGGACUAGCGAUGAUACGACGAUAACAUCCCCACUACACUCCACCGAUCCGUCGCCGCUAUCACAGCAGGAGCAAGGAUUCCAUGCCAGCAACACUAUAGCGCCACUCCCAGCUGACAAUCCGGAACGCGAUGGCCCUCUGCAUCUGUCGUUGACGAGUGAAUUCCUCAGACUUGCGGAGGUGGCCAGGCAUGAAGUGGCUGCUAUGCUCGAGGAAAACAAGACAUUUGCUGCGGAACGCCUUUGGAAGCAUCCUGUUCCACAACUUGAUGAUAUCCUGAUCCGUGCCCCAUGGAGCGACCAUCAGGACAACUUCCUUGCUAGCAAACUGGAUGAAACGACCUUAGUUCCCUUUGAUGAAGCUGAUAGCCAGAAGAACGAGCAACUCAACUGGCAGCCAAUUCCUUCUCACCUCAUGAAGCUUGGCCUGGACGACGAGAUCGAAGAUAAUGGCCAGCUACACAAAUGGCUGGAACCUCCGAAAACAGUCACUAAAAGCGAGCAAUUGAUCUAUAAAGAGCCCGGUCUUCGCCUCUUGGAUACCGAGGAUGAAAGUGACGAUGAACUCGAGGAGGACAGCGAUCUGCUGACUGAGAUGCGCAUGCCGCCUCAGGCGACCGUUCCAGCAAAGAGGCUUGAACAUGGGUUCGACCCAAAGUUCAACUUGGUAAUCAAGAAGACAUGCAUCCCUCGCGUCGAGGAUCUUGAUAGACUGCGCCCAGAGAGCAGCUCAACGUCCUCUCUGGGUGGUUUCUCGAUUUCCAGCGCCUUGGACACCUUCCUUGAUCUCCGAGGAGGUAAAUUCAAACGAGUUGCAGUCCCGGAGUCAGCUUCUGGCACCAAGCUUGAGUUGGCAGAAGAUCCAAUCCAGCAAACACAAUCAGACGAAAAUGAGUGUGUCGACAGUCGCUGUAUAUCCGCCUCCAAACGCUUACCUAUACCGACUGACUCGACAUCGGGCACCGUGAAAGUACAGCCGACUGCCGAGCAAGAAGUCUGUCAGGAUGCCACGGAGGACCAGCCACAGCUCAUGAAGCUAGAUCGGUGUAGAACAGUUGUCAUCGAAACAGCCAUUCUCCAAAGCUACGCUUCUGUUGUAAAUUUCCUAGAGACGUUUGGAGGCGACCGACUCAACAUUGUAUACCGGGACUUGAACAAGAUAGGAAGGGACCAUUGUGUUUCGGCAGCGCCUGACAUGAUCCUGAAUCCGACGACAGCUCUCAUCUUGACCAAUCUGCAAGCACUGAGUCAGAAAGGUUUGCCUGGGCAGGCUGCCGCAGGGCAGAAUACGGUGCGAAGCCGGGUGCGCAACCUUGUAAAAGAAUAUCACCGUGUGCUUGUAGCGAUCACGACUCCGAACCCAAACCCGGAUGGUGCAUCGCUUCAGGCCCAGGUCGACGCAAUGGCCACGUUUACAGGAUUUUGUGCGAGCCUCUGCGGCGAGGACACUCUUGCCGUGACUCCAUUGUGGGUGAUUCCAAGACCAGCUGCACGGACGAUCGACGAAGCGCUCAACAAGAUGUUGUGGAACUUGAUAUGCCGAUAUGCGUUCCCGGAAACUGAUCCAACAAUGGGUGCACAACAUGUGGUCGACGCAGUAGCCCUGACUAAUGAAGAGUCGCCCUGGGAGCAAUUCCUGAGAAGAGCAGGACUCAAUCCCAUGGCCGCUCAGGUUGUGCUGGAAUCCUUGAGAAGGCAAGGCACGUCAGAAGGCGAGCAUGCCCGAGGCUGGAGUCUGAGGGAGCUCGUUCAAAUGCUGCCCGAGGAGAGGCGAGCUAUGCUCACCGAAACUCUAGGAUCGAAGAUGACUGAGAGGCUCGACCUGGUGCUCGACAGGGAGUGGCGAUGA